AUCAAUUGCACCCCUCCCGGCGCGGCGGCAACCUGCCGUUUCUGGUCCGCCGCCGCUUGCUUAAACCCUCUCCCCGAAACCCUAGCCGUGGAAUACCCCCACCCAUUCCAUGGACGAGCCCCCGCUGCCGCCGUCUCACCCGCCGUUGGAGCUCGCCGGCGCGGCGCGGGACGUGGAGCUCUGCCUCUCUGUGGCGCUAUCCCGCGAGGAGGUUCUCCGCCGGCGCCGGUGCCACCUGGUGCAACUCUACUCGCUCUACCGCGCUCAGUACUGGGCGCUCGCUGACGAGCUCCCUGCCAGGUACGGCGAAUAUUGGUGGGACCACGGCGCCAGCCCCGUGCUCCUCGAUGAGCCCCGGUCCGCUCUGCCUCCUCCUCCGCCGUCCCUGCCGCUGCCGGAGAAUGGAUGCGGUGUUGGACCGCUGGUGAAUGGUGGCGGCGUCGGACCGCUGGUGAAUGGUGUCGUCGGUGCCGUCGCCCCUGCGGCUGCGGGCGGGAGGGUGGGUUGCGUGGCCGCGAAUUGCGAGGCCAAGGCGAUGCCCCUGUCGCUGUACUGCUUCAAUCACAUCCUCUUGGACCCCAAGCAGCAGCUGUACCAGCCCUGCGCCUUCAUCACUAAGCAAAGUGGUACGCCAAAUGGGAAAGCAGCUUGUGGAAAACCCGUUCUGAGAGGCAUUACUCCAUUGCGAUGUGCUGACCAUGAUCCAAAAUCUCAGAAACUCAUCAUCAAAGCUUUGAAAAAUGCAGGAAUUGACCUUCCCUUGACAAGUAAAAGUGUUCCAAAAUUGAGUCUCUUGAUUUCUGAAACAGUCCGCGAAAUUCAGAUGAAAAGAAAGCUAUCCCUGACUGGUGCAAAGAAUGCGCCUUCUUAUCAGUCAUUGAAAUGAUUUGUUUGGAUGCCUAUGAACUCUUUGUACAUGAUGGCCCUACAGAGAUGGAGAUAUUCCGUUGUAGAUAUCAGGUGUUAAGGUGCACCUAAUUUUCAAAAGAAGAAAUAAUGAAACCGUAAAACUAUUUAAUGUUAUGUUAUAGUGCCGAAAAUCUUGCAGAGAUGAAUGCUAUGCAAUUUAGAGCAAUUGGCUGCUUGUAAGCUACCCUCUUCAAUCCUUGAAAGGAAGAAAUAAAUUUUGGACUUUGAGAUUUCAACAGCCACAGGAGUUAUAUCUCAUGCUCUGCGAACACUCAUCGUGACACUGAAUUCUAUGACAGGAAUGCCAAAUAAAGUUCAAGGAAUUGGAGGGGGUUGUACAAUGUCUUGGAUGGUCAGAUCAGGCUAACCCGACUAGUUGAAGACUUGUUACAGUUUCCUUCUCCCCUUAGUCUUCACCCUUUCGGGAAAUGUCCAGCCUGGAAGUUUGUUGAUCUCUAUGUUACAGUUUCUCAAUAUGAGACUUGUAUGUAACUUAUAUUCCAUAUUGCUUGUGGUCACACCAGAAAUGUAAGUACAUAUCGUCAUAAAUUGUUGUCAUUAUUAUGGAUUCUAGGUAUAGGUCUUUAAUAUUUAUGUUUGGAAUUGCAACAUAGCAUUGAACACUCGUCGUGUUUUGGGGCUAAAUUUAGCUUGCAAACCAUGACUCCAA